AUGCACGGUCACUUACGGGCUCUCAUGCGCCCCGUAUCUGUCUGGCCAUCCGUACCUUACGCCAACUCGCCGAGGACGAAGAGCAUCGCUUUCCGAAAGCGCGCCGACAUCCUGCGGAGCGAUGUCUACAUGGAUGACAUCGUGUCCGGUGCCGAGAAUCAAGAGGAAGCAGAAUCUAUGGUGAGGCAGCUGACAAAUAUAUGCACGGCGGGCGGGUUCACACUAAAAAAGUGGUCUACAAACGCCUCCUACCUGCUGAGCCUCGUGGAACCGGACGCGCGCCUGCAACAAGAGGCCAGAUGGUGGCUGCCCGGCGAGAGUCAUUCCACUCUCGGCCUUCGAUGGCAACCGUGCGACGACCGCUUCGCCUUCGCCACCCACCGGAUCACUCUCUCAGCGGUCACCAAAAGCUACCUGGCUACUAGGUCUCGACUGGGACGCGUCUCUGCCAAGCGAGGAGCCAGAAAUGGCUGCGAUUCCAGAGGAGCUAGCGGCAUUGGAGAAACUAGUCGUGCCUUGUUGGUUAGAGCCCUAGCUGACUCCCAUCAAGAGGUUCACGGAUUUGCCGAUGCCUCCGAACGUGCCUACGCCGCAGUCAUCUACCUGCGAACAAACACAAACGGAGUUAGGAGAGUGACUUUAUUAGCUGCGAAGACCAAGCUCGAUUGGUCGCCCACGUCGUGCCUCUUAUUGGCGCAGAAAAGGCGCCUCUCCAUCUGUGGUCGGAUUCCCCGUGACUCUCGGCUGGAUCCGGGGCCACCCUUCGUCCUGGGUCACUUACGUCGUCUAAUCGGCGAGCUUGUGGACCAUUCACUAUGGUGGCAAGGUCCGUCGUGGCUGUCCUCCGAGAGCCAACCGUGGACGAUCAACUGCGAGGAGCCACCAGAGGAUGACCUCCCAGAGAGCGCGUCCGCGCCCACGUCGCCGCCAUCGCCGAACAAAGACUGA